GUACAACGAACGUGUUGUGUGGAAUGAUAAGCAGCUCAAUCUAAAGCUUCUCAGGAAAGGAAUGCUAACUCGCAUAUACACCCCAAUAAUUCUAGAUUGGUGAUGAUGAUGAUGGUCACGACGGUGGUCUGCUGUGUAAGUGGAGUCGCGCCGUCAUCAUGGAAGAAACGGACACCGCCGCCAGCUGCCGUCGCCUUCCGCCGGCGUAUGAUCAUCAGUUGUGUAACGGCCACCUGCAGUAGCAGCAGGCGCGAGAAGGUGGCGACGCCGGCCGAGGUGCUGAGGUCGCUUGAGGGGUGGGCGGAGUCCAACAUCCUGCCGCUGCUGAAGCCGGUGGACCGGUCGUGGCAGCCGCACGACCUGCUGCCGGACUCGGCGUCGCCGGGGUUCCGCGAGGCGGUGGACGAGCUGCGGGCGCGCGCGCGGGAGAUUCCCGACGACUACUACGUGUGCCUGGUGGGCAACAUGGUGACGGAGGAGGCCCUCCCCACGUACCACGCCGCCCUCAACAGCUUCGUCGGCUACGACUGCCCCUCCAGCGCCACCGCCUGGGCGCGCUGGUCCCGCGGCUGGACGGCCGAGGAGAACCGGCACGGCGACCUCCUCAACCGCUACCUCUACCUCUCCGGCCGCGUCGACGUGCGCCGCGUGGAGCAGACUAUCCACCACCUCAUCAACGCAGGCAUGCGGCUGGCGUCCGACAAGUGCCCGUACCGCGGUUUCAUCUACACGGCCUUCCAGGAGCGCGCCACCUUCAUCUCGCACGGCAACACGGCGAGGCGCGCCAAGGAGCUAGGCGACACCAACCUGGCCAGGAUCUGCGGCGCCAUCGCCGCCGAUGAGAAGCGCCACGAGGCCGCCUACACCAGGGUGGUGGACAAGCUGUUCGAGCUGACUCCGGACGCCGCCGUGCGCGCCCUCGAGUACAUGAUGAGGGAGAGGAUCCUCAUGCCGGCCUACUACAUGUUCGACGGCCAGGACCACAACCUCUUCCGCCACUACGCCGCCGUCGCGCAGAGGCUCGGCGUCUACACCACCGCCGACUACGCCGACCUCGUCAACUUCUUCGUCGACAGAUGGGCCGUGGCAGAGCUCUCCGUCGGCUUGACCGCCGAGGGGAGGCGGGCGCAGGACUACGUCUGCCGCCUGCCGGAGAGGGUGCGCAAGAUGGAUCAGCUGGACGCGCAACGGCGGCCCCAGCCUAGACGGGUGCCCUUCGCUUGGGUAUUCGACAGACAGGUGGAGCUGCUGCUCUGACGACUGGCUCUACUGCACUUAACGCGGCACCCAGCUGCACAUUUGCGUCCCUGUCUGUUCUAGCAACUUGGAUCUUAAUUUGGUACUCCAUUUGCGUCUCUGCCUGUUCUACCAACUUCGAUCUUAGUAAUUUGGUACUCCAUCUGCGUCUGUCUGUCCUAGCAACUAGCUUGUGUCUUUGGUAAUUGAAUUGAAUGUACUAUGGCAGUAAAAUAGUAUGUGUUCCAUCUAAAAAAAUAAAAAUAGUACUGUGUCAGUCUGUCUGUGUGUAGGUAGGUCGUUACGAUCCAGUAAAUAAAUCGCUAGCGUAUGGUUACAGUAGCUCCACCAGGUCCGUGCUUCAAUACUGACAUCGAAUUCAUAUCGCGCGCCGCAGAUGUCGAACAAUUUAUUUUGGAGCUGCCCAAGUGGUACAUGCACACGACUCACAUGUGCAUUAUCGAUCAAAUAUUGCACGGAUUUUACCCCGAUUUUCUACGAGUACUCAGGCACGGCUCCA